ACAAGUGAGUUCGGGAUUCUCACUGUGGCUUGUGACGUCACAUCAGGUAUUUUCUCAGCUAACCUUAGCAUUUGCCAGUUCUUUUUAUAUCCUAAAAGGGAGCGAGUAAUAUCAAUUUUAAUUUGAAAAUAUGUCUUAUACCGGCGGCUACCAAGGCGGAGAUAUUUCGAAGCCAACUUCGAGAGUUUUGCAACCUCCUGGUGGUGCUACAAGUAAUAUUUUCGGUGGAGAUGAGUCUAGUGUUAGAAAGCCGAUAAAGCCAGUGAACAAUUCGCAUAGCAACAUCUUUGGGACAGAGGAAAAUUCGGAACCAGCUUCGAGAGCUAGAUCUUUAGACGAUAACGAAAAUUUGGCAACUAACAACCAACUACAAGAUGGUAAUGAGAUGAAUAUUAAGGCACCGGAGAAAACUUCUCCAUGGAAGGAGGAUAAUCGCACUCCUUUCGAAGCUGCUGUUGAUAAUCGUCGAAGAAUGAGAGAAUCAUCAAAUCCUAUUUUGGGCGGUUCCGAACAGGCUAACGAGGGGAAAUUUGGGAAGCAGCAAAGAGGAGGUUACAAUCCAAUAACUGGUGAAACUUAUAAUGAUGGUGAAAAAGAAGAGCCUGUACAAAGACGUCGUCAACCUCCAGGAGGACAUUCGACCGGCUUGUGGUAG